CCUAGUUGCUGGAGACGGAAGCCGAGCGGGAGCGCUGGCUGCGGCGGCGCGGAGAAUGGGGGACUCCAAAGUGAAAGUGGCCGUGCGGAUCCGGCCCAUGAACCGGCGCGAAUUUGACCUGCAUACCAAAUGUGUGGUGGAUGUAGAUGCAAAUAAAGUUAUUCUUUACCCUGCAAAUACUAAUCUUUCCAAAGGAGAUGUCAGGGGCCAGCCAAAGGUAUUUGCUUAUGAUCACUGCUUCUGGUCUAUGGAUGAAUCUGUCAAAGAAAAAUAUGCAGGUCAAGAUGCUGUUUUUCAGUGCCUUGGAGAAAAUAUCCUACAGAAUGCCUUUGAUGGCUACAAUGCAUGUAUCUUUGCCUAUGGACAAACUGGGUCUGGAAAAUCUUAUACAAUGAUGGGCACGGCCGACCAACCUGGAUUAAUCCCAAGACUUUGCAGUGGCCUCUUUGAAAGAACUCAGAAAGAGGAGAAUGAAGAACAGAGUUUCAAAGUUGAAGUAUCCUACAUGGAAAUCUAUAAUGAGAAAGUUAGAGACCUCUUGGACCCCAAAGGAAGCCGUCAAACACUGAAAGUCAGAGAACACAACGUACUGGGUCCUUAUGUUGAUGGGCUUUCUAAAUUGGCUGUCACAAGUUACAAGGAUAUUGAGUCCUUGAUGUCAGAAGGCAAUAAGUCCCGAACAGUUGCUGCAACCAACAUGAACGAGGAAAGCAGUCGAUCCCAUGCGGUCUUCAAAAUCAUCCUAACACAUUCUUUGUAUGAUGUGCAAUCAGGGACAUCAGGAGAGAAGGUGGGCAAACUAAGCCUGGUUGACUUAGCAGGUAGUGAAAGAGCCACAAAAACAGGCGCUGCGGGUGACAGGCUGAAGGAAGGAAGCAACAUUAACAAGUCCCUCACCACCCUUGGUCUGGUUAUCUCAGCCCUCGCAGAUCAGGGUGCUGGAAGAAACAAGAACAAAUUUGUUCCAUACCGUGACUCUGUCCUCACCUGGCUCUUAAAAGAUAGUCUUGGGGGUAACAGCAAGACAGCCAUGGUGGCUACUGUCAGCCCUGCAGCUGAUAACUAUGAUGAGACCCUUUCAACUCUGAGGUAUGCCGACAGAGCCAAACACAUUGUGAACCACGCAGUAGUGAACGAAGACCCCAACGCGCGAAUCAUUCGGGAUCUCCGAGAAGAAGUGGAAAAGCUCCGAGAACAGCUAACCAAAGCAGAGGCCAUGAAAUCACCAGAGCUAAAGGAUCGGCUAGAAGAAUCAGAGAAAUUGAUUCAAGAAAUGACUGUAACCUGGGAAGAGAAAUUAAGAAAAACGGAGGAGAUUGCACAGGAACGACAGAAACAGCUGGAGAGUCUUGGAAUAUCUCUUCAGUCUUCAGGAAUCAAAGUUGGGGAUAAUAAAUGUUUUCUUGUCAAUUUGAAUGCUGAUCCUGCCCUCAAUGAACUCCUGGUUUACUAUUUAAAGGAACAUACUUUAAUAGGAUCAGCUAAUUCCCAAGAUAUCCAGCUCUGUGGAAUGGGAAUUCUGCCUGAACAUUGUAUUAUAGACAUCACACCAGAGGGCCAAGUUGUUCUAACUCCUCAGAAAAACACCAGGACAUUUGUAAAUGGUUCUUCUGUUGCAAAUCCUAUACAGUUACACCAUGGAGACCGAAUCUUAUGGGGAAACAACCACUUUUUCAGACUCAAUUUGCCUAAAAAGAAAAAGAAGCUAGAUAAAGAAGAAGAUGAGGACCAAGAACAUUCUGUGAAGAACAGCAACAGUGCGGAGCAGCUGGAUGUAGACGGAGACACUUCAAGCGAGGUGUCCAGUGAAAUUAACUUCAAUUAUGAGUAUGCCCAAAUGGAAGUGACUAUGAAGGCUCUGGGGAACAAUGAUCCCAUGCAGUCUAUCUUGUACAGCUUGGAGCAACAGCAUGAAGAGGAGAAGCGGUCAGCAUUGGAGCGUCAGAGGCUGAUGUAUGAGCAUGAGCUGGAGCAGCUAAGAAGAAGGCUUUCUCCUGAGAAACAACCCUACCGUAGUAGUAUGGACAAGUUCCCCUUCCAUUCUCCCAGUGCUCAGCAGCGCUUAAGACAGUGGGCAGAAGAGAGAGAGGCAACGCUGAACAACAGCCUGAUGAAACUGAGAGAGCAGAUUGUGAAAGCCAAUCUGCUGGUGAGAGAAGCUAGUUUCAUUGCAGAGGAGCUGGAGAAGAGAACAGAAUAUAAAGUCACCUUACAGAUUCCAGCCUCCAGCCUCGAUGCUAACAGGAAGCGAGGCUCGCUUCUCAGUGAACCUGCGAUCCAGGUGAGGAGAAAAGGAAAAGGCAAACAGAUAUGGUCCUUGGAGAAACUGGACAACAGAUUGUUGGACAUGCGGGACCUUUAUCAGGAGUGGAAGGAAUGUGAUGAGGACAGCCCAGUAACAAGGUCUUACUUCAAGCGAGCUGAUCCAUUCUAUGAUGAACAAGAGAACCAUAGUCUUAUUGGUGUGGCCAAUGUUUUCCUCAGCUCUCUUUUUUAUGAUGUGAAGUUACAAUAUGCUGUGCCAAUCAUCAACCAAAAAGGAGAGGUGGCAGGUCGGCUUCAUGUAGAAGUGGUGCAGAUCAGCGGUGCUAUUGGAGAACGAAUCGCAGGUGGGGACGACAGUGUGGAUUUUUCAUUUGAUAAGGACACACAGGACCACAAACUAGUGUGCAUGGUUAAAAUACUUCAAGCUACAGGUUUGCCACAACAUCUCUCCAAUUUUGUGUUCUGCAAAUACAACUUCUGGGAUCAGCAGGAACCGGUCAUUGUUGCACCUGAAGUAGAUACCUCAUCUUCUCCUAUCAGCAAAGAGCCUCAGUGCAUGGUGGUCUUUGAUCACUGCAAUGAGUUUUCUGUCAACAUCUCUGAAGAUUUUAUUGAAUAUCUUUCUGAAGGGGCUUUGGCAAUUGAAGUAUAUGGCCACAAGAUGACUGAUCCUCGAAAAAACCCAGCUCUUUGGGAUUUGGGAAUUAUCCAAGCCAAAACACGGAGUCUCCGGGAUAGGUGGAGUGAAGUCACCAGAAAAGUAGAAUUCUGGGUUCAAAUUCUGGAACAGAAUGAAAAUGGGGAAUACUGCCCAGUGGAAGUGAUUCCUGCAAAAGAUGUACAGACAGGAGGUAUUUUCCAGCUACGGCAGGGGCAGUCACGACGAAUUCAGGUUGAAGUGAAGUCUGUGCAGGAGUCUGGAACUUUGCCACUAAUGGAAGAAUCUAUAAUGUCUGUUGGUGUAGGAUGUGUAAAAAUAAGACCUCUUCGAUCCCCAAAGACUCAUGAGAUUUUCCAUGAGGAAGAAGACGACAUGGACAGCUACCAGGAUAGGGAUUUGGAGAGACUGCGUCGAAAGUGGCUGAACACGUUAACCAAACGUCAAGAAUACUUGGACCAACAACUCCAAAAGCUUGUCAGUAAGCCUGACAAAACAGAAGACGACGCUGACAGGGAAGCUCAGCUUCUAGAAAUGAGGUUGACUCUAACUGAGGAAAGGAAUGCCGUCAUGGUCCCAUCUGCUGGCAGUGGUAUCCCUGGUGCUCCAGCAGAAUGGACUCCGGUGCUUGGUAUGGAAACUCAUAUUCCUGUUAUAUUUCUUGACUUGAGUGCUGAUGAUUUCAGCUCCCAGGAUAAUCUUGAUGACCCAGAACCUGCAGGAUGGGAUGCCACUCUCACUGGUGAAGAAGAGGAAGAGUUUUUUGAACUACAGAUUGUAAAACAUCAUGAAGGAGAGGCACGAGCAGAAGCCUCCUGGGACUCUGCAGUACAUAACUGUCCUCAGCUUAGUAAAGGGGCCACAGCUGAUGAAAGAGUGUUUCUGAUUGUAAGAGUGACGGUCCAGCUCAGCCAUCCUGCUGAAAUGCAGCUGGUGCUCCGUAAACGCAUUUGUGUCAGUGUUCAUGGCCGCCAGGGUUUUGCUCAAAGUCUCUUAAAAAAGAUGUCUCAUCGAAGUUCCAUUCCUGGUUGUGGAGUCACCUUUGAAAUUGUCUCCAAUAUUCCAGAGGAUGCUCAGGGAGCAGAGGAACGAGAAGCGUUAGCAAGAAUGGCAGCUAAUGUUGAAAAUCCGGCCUCAGCAGACUCAGAGGCCUAUAUUGAAAAAUACUUGCGAAGUGUCUUGGCUGUUGAAAACCUCCUUACUUUAGACCGUCUUCGUCAGGAAGUUGCUGUGAAGGAGCAGCUAACAGGAAAAGGAAAGCUGAAUAGGAGGAGUAUUAGCUCUCCAAAUGUGAACCGACUCUCUGGAAGCCGACAAGAUCUUAUUCCAACAUACAGUCUAGGUAGUAACAAGGGUCGGUGGGAAAGUCAACAAGAUGUUUCCCAAUCAGAACAUUCCAGAGGGAUGACUCCAGCUCGUCCAUCUCUUUCUCAUGGUCCCCAGGACAACCAUUCCCCUGAACCAGGACUUGGUGGCUUAGCAGCCUCCUACUUGAAUCCAGUAAAAUCCUUUGUGCCACAGAUGCCAAAGCUGCUUAAGUCCCUCUUUCCUGUCCGAGAUGAGAAAAAGGGCAGACAGCCAUCUCCUCUUGCACAGCAGCCCAUUCCCAGAAUUAUGGUACAGCCUGUCAGCACGGAUGUCAGCAGGACCAAGACAAAACAGGUUACUCAGGAAGAUGAGCGGAAACAUCUGCCUGAAACUACACCUCCGUCUUCUGCCAUCGGGAAGAAUGCUGAUAAAGUCAACAAAAUGCCUUCCCAGCAACUCCAUUCUUCAAAUGUCCAGACACAGGAUACCCCAGAGGGUCCCCCCAGCCCUCUGAGUGAGGCCUCUAGUGGUUACUUCUCCCAUAGUGUCUCAACAGCCACUCUAUCUGAUGCUCUCAUGACUGGCAUAGACUCCAGUGUCCAUGCUGGCAGUCAGACCCCAAGCUCUCCAUCCAAUCCCCUCUGCCAGGGAAUACCCGAAGGCGAUGUUCCAUUACCGCCAGUUAGUUCAUCCUCAGAGAGCUCUCAUUUGACCAGCCCAACGGACGCACAGAUCCAGCAAAUGGAGAAAAGCCAAGGUGGUAGCAGUCGUGUCUCGAAGCCCAAGGGAUCAGCUUCCCCUGUCAGUAAGAAUAAGGACCAGGAACAUCUCUCUCUCGCCAUUGACACAAAGGGUUUUCUUCCCACUUUUCCCACCCAACAGAAGGAAUCAUCCAAUCAGCUCACAGCAGCAGAGACUGCAUCUGUCACCAAACAACCCUCCAGACCCAAGGAACACACAAAGCCAGUCCCCAGCCUGGAAGUGCCCAAACCACAGCCGCCCCCUGACUUACUAUCUCAGUCUCCUGCUGUGGCCUCUCCAUUUAAAAUCCAGAAGGUGAGAACUUCAGAGCUAAAAUCAUUCACACAAAUGCUGGGAGACUCUAACUGUCCCUCCAGUACAAACGAAGACCAGCUGACCUUGGGGGGCCACCCCAAUCCAGGAGGAAUAGCCAAGGAAAAGCUGGAGGCAGCAUCUGACUCAGAAGACACUGAUGAAGUCCCAGAGUGGUUAAAAGAGGGAGAAUACGUCACAGUGGGCACUAACAAAACGGGCAUCGUCAGAUACAUUGGACCAACAGACUUCCAAGAGGGCACCUGGAUUGGAGUAGAAUUGGAUCUCCCUUCAGGUAAGAAUGAUGGCUCCAUUGGGGGAAAGCAGUAUUUCAGAUGCAAUCCUGGCUAUGGUCUCCUCGUGAAGCCAGGCCGCAUCAAGAAAGCCACUGGGCCGGCCCGGAGGCGCAGCGCUGGCCUCAGGCUUCAAGGGGUGGCAGCUGAGCACCGGAAGACUGGGAACUUGUCAGGCUCGGCCUCUAACUUGGCUUCGUUGACAGCCCUGGCCAAGGCCGAAGGGGGAUCCACGCUGCGAUCAGAGAGGAGCCAGCGGACCACGGAGAACCGGAAAUCCUGGGCCAGUUAAAUGGGUCCAUCUAGCUGUGACCCGGGAGAUCCAGCAGAGCAUCUGCUGCUUCCUUUCUAGGCAAAUACUAAUGAAGAUUAUGGGAAGGCUUUUCUCUCUACACCUUCUGAUCCCUCUCUGAUUACUGCCGUGUAACUUCAUGGCCCUUCCUGGGGACAGAGCUGUCAUGUGGUUAAUCUCCUGCCUGUAAAUCUGUAGCAUCACCCAGGCUUGGGGGCUUGGAGCUUCUUGGUGGGAGCUCAGACAGGAGCAUUGCAAGAAGCACGAAUGGUUUGACUCAUCUAUCCUUGCUGGAGUGGAAGUGUACUUGACUUAUCCCCAGGUUUGUAGUGGGCUUCAGGAGCUAUUUUUCCUGAAUCCAGCUAAAAGCCAGGAGAAGAGCGAACAGAGUAGAAAGGCUCUGGCAGGUGCCUGAAAUGUGCAGUAGCCCCUCCUCUGCUGGGCUGUUUGCUCAGACAACAGCCCUGGGCUCUCCUUGAGCCCUGCCCUUACUGGGGCUGUUGGUUAUCUUUCCUUCUAAUUUUCUGAUGAUUCCAUUAACCUCUUCUUUUUAAGUAGAAUUAAAACUGACGGCUCCUUUGCCUGCCCCAAAGUAUGACUUUUUCAUGCUGGCCUGAGAUCUCAAGGCUCCUAUCCUGUCUGCAGACCUGGGUCGUUGAGUCCUUUCUGGGACCAUUUCUUCCUUUUCCCCCACCCCGAAAAAAGGCUUUCCAAAACAGUGCACACCUGGGUGGGAGUUCUUUGUUUUCUGUGAGUAGCCUCACGCCCUGAAGGGCCUAACCCCUCACCCCUUUCUCCCUUACUGUCUUUUACAGGGUAUAUAAUUUUAAAAGAACAUCCUUGCCUUAAACCUGGAAGACUGUUUUAUUUCCCAUUGAUGCCCUUAACAGAGUGUUCGGAUAGUAUUUAUUUGUAUUUAUUGUUGGUUUUUUUUUUUAAUCCUAAAUAAUGUGCAAGCUACAAUCUUUCACUGACUUCCAUAGACCUGGGUGCCUUCACUUCACUUGUGCACAGAGCCUGCUUGGGGCCUCCCAGGGGUACACACAGCCUUGUCCAGAAGGGGCUGGCUACUCAUGACAGUCUGGGGGGUGGGGGUGGGGGCAGAGGGUAGAGUUCUUUUGACUGUCCUUUCAUUUUCAGACACACAAGUGGCCUUAUUCAAUUGAAAUGGAAACAAAAAUAAUUUCACGAAAUUCUAGACACUGAAUAACUUUGAUGUUUCUUGUUUUAGUCACCAGGGGAGG